ACGUACGGGCGAAAGGAGAAUAUCCUACCAAGGAAAUAAAAUUGAUGUACAGAUCAUGACUGAACUAGUGGUGCCACAAUGCAACUUAUAAGAAUCGCUGCCUUUGAACUUGGACCUGGCUGAACCAGUCAAAGCACUCCGACCCACCCUCCUUGGUAAGGGUCAACACACCUUUUACAGACACUAGGAAGGUCAAAGGCCAUCAUGUGGCUGAGAAUGCUGAGGUCCCGUCCUGUCCACAUGGCUGUGGUUUCUGGGAUCAGUGUCUAUGUCCUAUUGACUGUCAUAGGGAUGUUGGUGCACAGCAAUGGGGAACAAGCAAGCGCCCGUGCGAAGCAGCGGUACAUUGAGAUGGCAAGGCGCGUCCAACGCGGCGACAAGGGCAUCAUCCUCAUGAACAACCCUGACACCUCCAUCGCCAAACAUCAAGUCGUUGACGGACAGAAGAGAGAGGCGCUCGUGGCCGCACCGAGGGACGAUAAUUUCAUCUACCUUGGGAAGCAGGGGGCCGACUCGCCUGUGGAGUCAGGCAAACUGAACCACAUUGCCAAUCUCCUGCAGAACAUUGAGGCCAAGCUGGAGGAUUCAAAGAAAGACGGAGGCAAUGUGAAUGAAGACUUGAAAGAUGUUAAGAUUGCCAUCAAGGAGAUGAUGGGGGGAAAAGAAACGGGAGAAAAGGAACCCAAAGAGGAGAAGAAAAUUGGACUUGUUUUAGAACAGCCUGCUGAGCCGGAACCAAUAGAAGCUGUAGACAUCGAUGCUUUACCAUUUGUCAUUGAUCCAUCUCAGUCUGCAUCGCAAUGUCCAAAGACAGUUCAGACCCUUGCCAAAUAUUCAAAAUGGUUUCGUACACGUUAUGAGCAUGGGAUCAAGCUCUUUUCCAACUUGGAAGACAUUCAAUCUUACCCAAUCUACCAUAAACUGGAGCAUUACACACCACCGUUUGGCUUCAAGAGAACAAAAAGAGAUCGUAAGUACUCUUUCAUACUCAAAGAUUUGGCUGUAGGAUUAAUCAUUAUUCACUUUGAAAAUGACUGGCAAUACUGACAUUGAAUGGCAGUGAUUGUAACAUGAUUUACAUGAUUAACAAUACUGCAGCAUUUUUAUAAUAAUGAUCAUAUUAAAAGUAACUACAGGUGUAACUCUUCUUAUCAAGCGAUUUACCAUUUACAACAUUGCAGACCAUGGUAUUGAAGCCUAAUAUGAGAUCAGUUUGCUUGAAGAUAUUGAAUCUUAAUCCCACAGAAUUGUUCUGUAGUUUUAAACCUGCUUCGUCAUACUUUUUUGAGGAAGGAAGGUAUCUGUUUUUAAAUAAUCAAUAAAAAAAAACAGAAGACAUGUACCCUUGUUGACAAUUCGGUUAAGAAAUUACUGUGCACAUUUUCUUGAUCCAGAUGUACAUGUACAUACAGUGUAUGUAGUGCAUGUACAUGUAAAUGGUAUUUAUACAUUACCAUUUCCAAACUGUGAGUCUGUGACACACAGUUGCUACACUUCCAUUUGGCAUUUAUUUUAUUUUUUUAAAUCUGUGUUUCAUCAUGGACCUUAUUCGACAUUCGACAAGAUUCUUUCUUUGAUCCAACAAGAUCGGCUGCCUUCUGAUUAUGUGCAUCUUUAUAACGAGAACAUUCAAUAAUGACUGGUAAGCAUUUUUGGUCAUUGACAAAGGAGCAGUUUCCCUCUCUUUGGUUUCGUUUAGAUGGUGUGCUUAAAGAGUGUGUCUUAAUUUAAAAAAAACAUUACCAAUGGGGAGCAGCAAAGUUUAAAUGCAGACGAUUUGGCAAUAUGAAAUUUAUUAUUACUGAUUCGCACACUUUCGCACGCACCAAUGAUCUUAUAAAACAAUUAGGAGGCCAUGAUCUCGAUAAGCCCUGUGCAUUGUCUCUGAAAUGUUAUGAGGAAACAGGAAUUUAAGUCACAAACAAUCCAAAUAGAAACUCUAUCUGGUAUUAAAAUAUCAACGUGUUUUUCAAAAUAAAGACAGUAAACGGAACAAAAAUUUACGAUUAUAAACCAGAACUGCGCACCGAUUUCCCAUGAUGUAAGCGAUUUUUUUAUCUUCUGCGCAUGUAGAUUAACAUGUGUAAAAAUCUUGAUUCUGUCCUGGCUUAUCGGCGGCGGACCUUAUGAGAUCAAAGUGAAGAAACAUGUACGGAAUGUUAUUGAGACAACAUUGAAGGAAACAAUCACAAUGAAUUUGUUAACAAAACAACGAAUGUCCAUCCGUAAUAGGUCCAUGGUUUCAUGCAUGGUCUCUUAAAUUAUUUACCAUGUUUGCCUGUAAUGAAGACACACUCAUCCAGUGAUGCUUGUGGAAAAGGAAGGGGUACAACACGGUUAACUUUUAUGAUCGCCAUAUGUAGAGCUGUGGAGGAUCUUGUCCACAUUUUUUAGCUUGGUUUACAGGCUGUUACCUUGUGGUUUUGAACUUAAUUGUCUUCCAAUUAUAUUUCCUUUAUGAAUGGAUACAGCUUCUUUUGUCACAUUCUAUAAUCGAUUGAGCUUGUUUCUAUUUUCUUGUAUUUCUGUGCAAUAAUAUCUUCUCUUCAAAAAUUCUGCCAUAUUAUUGACUUUGUUUCUUGCUGGCUUUCCUCCAGUCAUUUGUAGUCCUGUUGAGAUAGUUCCUCUGCCUUCAAAGUUCAAGCAUUUCCUUUGACGCCCAUACACUGUAUGUACACAUACAAAUAGACCAAAAUGGAGUAUGAACAUUAAAAUGUCAUUGAAUGAUCUUUUCCAUGCCGUCCUAUAUCUUCACACUUGAGCUCCCUAUACCAGGGGUUUUGGAACAUAUCACAUACAUAAGGCCAAAUAAAAAAAAAACAUGUUUAAUAGCGCCCUGUUUUUUUUAAAAAUAGGAAGGAGGCCCUUUUCUU